AUGGCGGGCACGGUCGCGCCGCGGACGCCGAGCAGCCCGUGGAACGCCCCCCGGCCCGACGCGCUCGUGAAGGAUGAGGGGGUGCAGCACGGUCGCAUCUGGCGCUACAUCGCCCUUCUCCUGGCCGGCAACGGGUGCUGGAUGCUCCUGCGCCGCCAUCGAGCUCCGCCACUCGCCUGGCCGCCCAGCACCUGGACGGUUGUCACCGUCGUGGCGGACCUCCUAGCCGCAGCUUCGCUCGCGCUCAUUCUCCUGGGAGCGGGCAAGUCCUUCGCCGGCCUGUGGGCGGUCAGCCGGGGGCAGGUGAAAAAGAAGCAAGAUGGCGGGCGAGCAGGUGGCGCGCGGCCCGCGGCGUCGCGCGCGGCCCCGGGCGCCGCGUCGCAGGUCCUGAAGACCCCCACGAGCAUGCAGGCGGGCGCCUCGCGGGCGGACCGGCGGUCGUGGGGCACGCCGGCGUACUCCCGCGGCGCCACGAUGUCGCCGCUGUCGCCGUACGACGCGAACGCCGGCAGCGCGGCGCGCGACCCCGCGCAGGGCCUCUCGCCCGGCACGGUGCCCCCGGGCUCGGCGGGGCGCCCGUCGUCGGCGUUCUCGGGCGCGAUGCACGUCCAGGAUCUCUUCCAGUCUGUCGACGCGCAGGCGAGCCCGCUGGGCCUGAAGCUGACCCCCGCGGCGCGCGACACGGCGCUGCCCAAGUUCAAGCGCUGGCAGCCGCGCGGGAAGACGGAGCAGCGGAAGCGCGACGGGACCCUGCAGCCGUCGACGUACGAGCACUACCUGCGCGUGCUCAAGGAGCACGGCGUGACCGAGAGGGAGAUGACGGUCUGGAAGCAGGGUCUCAGGGAGUGGCUCGCCGAGCGCGUGCUCGCGCCGCUGCUGGACGUGGUGGACGGUGCGCAUGUGUCCCUCAACGCGGCCGCGCGCGCGUGCGGGAAGCAGACCAACUUCAGCCCGCUCGCGGGCGGCGUGACGAGGGACGGCAUCGGGCGCGUGGAGCCGGGGCCCGGGAAGGACCCGGAGAUGGCGCUGGGGCUGUGGGGGGAGGCGGAGAGCGCGCUGCACGCCAUGGGGGCCAACGCCCCGCAGCGCGCGCAGGUCGAGGCGUGCCGCGACGCCGCGCUGGCGUACGUCCGCCUCAGCGAGGUCCUCGCGGGGAAGCUCGUCCAUUCCCGCAACACCGAGGGGGUGGGGUUCUCCCGCCCUCCGGGGGGGGAGGGUGUGGUGGAGCUGCUCAAGCCCACACCCCCCCCCGGGUACGUGCUGUGGCGCGCGCGCGAACUGGCGGAGGGCGUGCAGCUGAAGAACAUGGUGUGGAACGGAGGGAGCAACCUGCCGUGGGAGGAGCGGCCCUGGACCCGCGCCACGCACCCCACGGACGGAGCGCUGGUGCUGUACCUGCUCGCGUGCUACCUCGACGCGCCGGGGUGGAGCUACAGCGGGUCGCACUGCAGGCCGGAGAGCGGGCCGCUGUUCCUCGGCGCGGUGCCCGACACGCUGCCGUCCACGCAGCGCUACGCCGCGAUCCUCACGGGCAGCGGGGCGCCGCGGCAGGGCCGGCCGAGCGCGGUGGUGGCGGUGCCGGACCUGCAGGUGAAGGAGAAGAUGCCCCCGCGCCCGAUGUACGUGCUCGCGCUGGACGAGCAGGAGGGCGACAAGGACCAGGGCAACGCGCCCGUGUGGGUCCUCGACGGCAAGGAUGGCCUGUUCGACACCCUGCUGCUGUGGCUGCGGCACGCGCAGCUGCACAACGCGGGGAUGCUCGGCGACCUGGACCUGGACGCGACGCUGGGCAUCGACCAGGUGUUCCGGGACCGGGGCGCGUUCCCGCCGCGGUGGACGCUGCAGCGCGUCAUGGGGCUGUGA